AUGCCCGGUUCCUCUGCAAUGGCAGUUGGCGCGCUCUCCAGCUCCCUCCUGGUCACCUGCUGCUUGAUGGUGGCUCUGUGCAGUCCGAGCAUCCCUCUGGAGAAGCUAGCCCAGGCGCCCGAGCUGCCCGGCCAGGAGAAGCGCGAGCACGCCUCUCGGGACAGCCCCGGGCGGGUGAGCGAGCUCGGGCGCCCCGCGAGGGAGGACGGCGGCAGUGGCCGCGACUGGAAGAGCAAGGGCGGCCGCGGGCUCGCCAGCAGGGAGGCGUGGAGUAAGCAGAAGCAGGCCUGGGCCGCCCAGGGCGGAGCGGCCAAGGCCGGGGACCUGCAGGUGCGACCCCGGGGGGACACCCCUCAGGUGGAGACUCCGGACGCCUUCGCCGCCCAGGACUCGGCGGGUCAGGAACUGGCCCCAACACUGGAGCCCCCCGAGGAGUACGCGUACCCGGACUACCGCGGGAAGGGCUGCGUGGACGAGAUCCGGGGCAAGACCUACCAGACUCUGGAGGAGUUCGUGGUGUCUCCUUGUGAGCGGUGCCGCUGUGAAGCCAGUGGAGAAGUGCUGUGCGCAGUGUCCGCAUGUCCUCAGACAGAGUGUGUGGACCCCGUGUACGAGCCUGACCAGUGCUGUCCGAUCUGCAAAAACGGUCCAAACUGCUUUGCAGAAACUGCUGUCAUCCCGGCUGGCAGGGAGGUGAAGACGGAUGAGUGUACGAUUUGUCACUGCACAUAUGAAGAAGGCACCUGGCGAAUUGAAAGGCAGGCCAUGUGCACGAGACAUGAGUGCAAGCACAUGUAGACCAUUGACAACAAAAACACUGAAGCUUUUCUAAGAUAUUUUACUGAAGUGAACAUUCUAGAUGACCCUGGGAAGUACACACCAAUAGGAGAAGACUUUUGAGGAGAAAUAAUGCGAAAAUGUUGGUACUCUUGCUUUUCUUGGUUACAAUUACUACAAGAAAUGAACAGAAUAUAUUUCAAAGCACCACCAAGAACAUUGGGCAUAAAACCCCUCUCUAAAUAAAUGUGCUAUUUUCACAGUAAGUAUACUAAAGAACACUAUUAUAUAUUAAAUGUAUUUCUAUAAUCCCUCCGUUAGAGAGCUUAUAUACAUGUUUUCUAUAGAUACAGAUUAAAAAAGCUGUGUUGUCAACCGUC